CUGCGUUGGAUAAAGCGCGUCCCCGCCAGAUGCGCGCAACAGAUGUCAGUUCGGAGGAGGGCGCCAAAUAGGAAGAACGGCGGACGUGAGAAAGUUCUGCCUCUGUCAUCGCAACCCGCCGGGGGGGGGGGGGGUCCACGACGCGACUCGUUACCGUCUUUGCUCCGACGUACGAGUGACCCAUCCGGACGGAACGCCACGGCGCCGGGACCAACACAAAGGCACAAAACAUGGAGGCAGACCGAGCGAGCAUAUGGCCACGCAUGGAACCCUUCUUACUGGGUGCGCUGCAGGUGGCUCCCUCCUCCAAGCUCAGCUUCCACUACCUGCGCAAGAUGGCGACGUACGUGCGAGCGCGGGAGGGCUGCUUCCCCACUUUGGGCUGGCCCAUGUGGAGGCAUAUUUCGUGUGGCAAGCUACAGCUCCCAGAAGACGUUGCGUGGCUCUACUUCGAGACCUUUGACCUGCUAAUAGGCCACACGCCAGAGGAGAGGCUGGAGUGGGCAGAGUGCCUUUCCCAGUGCUCUUCCAAAAGUGAGCUGGAUCAACAAAGGAGCAAGCUGUCCGUGGACACAAUGCAGUUCCUCCUCUUCCUCUACAUCCAGCAGCUGAACCACGUGUCUCUGCGCACCUCCCUGAUUGGUGAGGAGUGGCCCAGCCACCGCACUCGCUGCCCGUCCCCGUCGGACCGGGAGGCCAAGACCAGCUCUCAGAACAAGAACUGGGACGAUCAGGCUCACCUGUCGUUUGUGAAAAGCCAUCUCGCUGAGAUUCUGGAGUUGCUGGUGGAGCCUGGCCAGCUGUCACAAUCUGGACAGGCCCUCAGAGAUUGCCAGAUCUCCCUGAAGGCCGUGCAGAGCUUGGGCCUGCUCUUGGAGGGCUCGGUCUCCCACGGCAGGGCGGUUCUGCCCGUCCACAAGCUGCUGAGCAGAGGCGCCCUCCAGACGCAGGCCGGCUACUCGGCGCUCAGCCGCUCCUUCCCCCAGCACAAGCUCCUCUCGUGCCUCCAGCAGAGCCUCACCCUCAACCCCUUUGGGAUGACCGCCUGCCUGUGCUCGGGCAAGAAACUGGCCUGGGCCCAACAAGUGGAGGGAUCCAUGAAGAGGGCCAAAAUAGCCCGAAACACCCACAUGGCUCCGCCCGGCAGCAAGAUAGUGCUGAUGUCGCAGGUCUUCAAACAGACGCUGGCGAAGACCUCGGACAAGCUGACCGGCGCCAACAUCAAAAUCCACAGAUGCUCGGAUGCCUUCAUCUACCUUCUCUCCCCUCUCCGAUCAGUCAGCGUGGACAAGUGCCGCGACUGCACGGUGGUCCUGGGUCCAGUCGAGACCAGCGUCCACAUCCACGGCUGCCAGAACCUGCGGGUGGUGUGCGUGGCCGGCCGCAUCGCCGUCGGCGUGUCCUCGCGCUGCACCAUCCACGCCCUGACGCCCACCCGCCCCUUGCUCCUCCCCGGGAACACGGACGUCACGCUGGGGCCGUUCCACACGUUCUACCCCACCCUGGAGGACCACAUGGCCAGCGCGGGCCUGGCCGUGGUGCCCAACGCCUGGGACCGCCCGCUGCUCCUGGGGAACGAGGGCCUCGUCGGCGCCGAGCCGGGCUGCUUCCGCCUGCAGCCCCCGGCCGAGUUCAACGCGCUGGUCGUGCCUUUCGAGACUGAGGGGGACACGUGCGAGGUGCCGGGGGGGCUGCCCCCCCAGUACCAGGCGGUGCUUGACGAAAAGCAGAGGAGGAUUCAGAACUGGCAGAAGACCGUGCUGGAGGCCCGGCUGAACAAGGAGCAGAAGCGGCAGUUCCAGGAGUUGGUGGAGGUCAAGUUCCACGAGUGGCUUCUGGAAACGGGCCACAGGCAGGAACUCGACAGCCUCGUCCCCCCAGCGGCGGAGACGCCGCCACACGACGACGCCGCCGCCGCCAAACACACCAGGAAGUGACGGGCAGAGAGGCGCUUUGGUCUAAACGUAGCGAGACGGGGCUGCACGACCGGGCCGCGCGUGGUCCGACACUCGGAGCGCUUCUUCAGGUCGUAACAGGGCGGCGUGGUUCGCUUUGCUUUGCUCCGGUUGGUGUGCAGCGGUGGAUUUACUGCCAGUUUAGCCCCGCUCGUUGUGGCGUGUAACCCGGUGCGGCCUGUUGGAGAGGAGCCGCCCACAGAGGAGGCGUGGCAUCGUGUUUGAAGAGGAGCCUUCAGUGACUUGUUCUCUCGGAGCGUCGAUGCCUCCUGAAACGCAGCCACUGAUCUCGAAACGGUCGUCAAGGCACAGUUUGAGAAUUCAAAUCAACUUUUGGCAGGAUUUUAAUUUUUAGAGUCUGCAUUUAGAAACUAAUAGCAAUGGGUUGGGGGGGGGGGGUCGUCACCACCUUAACGCACUGAUAGCUUGAUGGGUUCUUGUCCAUUGCGCCUCCAGGGAUUUUCACUC